CACAUGUUCCUGGAAUUUUAAUUCUGUAGAACUUAUAAGCAGACAUCUACCAUGUCUUGGCUUGCUGAUCUUGCUGGAAAGGCAGAGGAUCUCCUCAACAGAGUUGAUCAAGGAGCUGCAUCAGCCCUGAGCAAAAAAGACACAUCAAGCACUGCAGUAUAUGAUAAUAAGAAUUUGGACUCUGCCACUGAAUAUUCUGAAUUGCACAAGCAUACUGGAGAACUGAAAUAUCAGGUGUCAUCCAAAGCAGCCUACAUCUCCUCAGCAGCUGAUAAUAUUAAACAUCAAAAGGCUACAAUCCUAGCAGGAACAGCAAACGUUAAACCAGCACGUAGGACGUCUUUGGAGGCUGCUUCUCCAGUUGAAAGUGUUUCCACACCCAGACCUUCCUCGCAGUUUGUGAGAAGAAAAAAGUCUGAACCUGAUGAUGAGUUGCUAUUUGAUUUUCUCAACAGUUCUGAGAAAGAGCCCAAUGGCAAGAUAGACUCUAAAAAGGAGAAGAGUAAGGCAGCUGUUCUUCAGAAUCACUCUCGGACUUCAAGCAUUAGUUCUGUGUCUACUAGUACACAGAGUGCAAAAACUACUGAAGAUAAUUCCACCAGGAGCCAAGGCAAUGAAACUCCAGACAGUUCAGAUUCUGGAUUGGGAGCACAAGUGGAUGGCUCAUCACCAAGUGCAGUAACUAAUCCUAGCCUUUCAGCCAAUGAUGGUUUCAAACCUCAUGAGCUGUCCAAUCUUCGCCUGGAGAAUCAGCUGCUGCGGAAUGAAGUUCAAUCUUUAAAUCAAGAAAUGGCUUCAUUAAUUCAGAGAUGCAAAGAAACGCAAGAAGAGUUAAACAAAUCCCGGGAGAGGGUCGAAAAAUGGAGUGUUGACCAUUCAAAGAGUGACAGGAUGGUUAAAGAACUUCAAGCUCGAGUUGAUGAUCUCACAGAAGCUGUUGGUGCCAAGGAUUCCCAGCUAGCUGUGCUAAAAGUGCGAUUGCAAGAAGCUGAUCAGCUUUUAAGGACUCGGACAGAAGCUUUGGAAGCAUUGCAGAGUGAAAAAUCACGGAUAAUACAAGACCACAGUGAAGGGAGCAGUUUGCAAAAUCAAGCCCUGCAAACUCUUCAAGAGAGGCUGCGUGAUGCAGACUCCACACUGAAGCGAGAGCAAGAAAGUUACAAACAAAUGCAGAAUGAGUUUGCGGCUCGUCUAAGUAAAAUGGAAGCUGAGCGUCAGAAAUUGGCAGAAGGGAUUACUGUGGCAGAAAGAAAAUAUUUAGAUGAAAAGAGGCGAGCUGAUGAACUUCAGCAGCAAGUCAAAAUAACUAAAAACCACCUAGAAACUGCAAAACAAGAACUGACAGACUACAAACAGAAAGCUACUCGCAUACUCCAAUCUAAAGAAAAGUUGAUAAACAGCCUAAAAGAAGGCUCGGGUAUUGAAGGUCUGGAUAACCAUACUGCAAGCACGAUGGAACUAGAAGAACUGAAACAUGAACGAGACACUCAGAAAGAAGAAAUGCAAAAGCUAAUGGGGCAAAUACAACAGCUCAGAACAGAGCUGCAGGAUAUGGAGACUCAGCAGGUAAGUGAAGCUGAGUCAGCAAGAGAACAACUUCAAGAUCUACAAGAGCAAAUAGCAGCACAUAAAAUGGCCAAGCAGGAGGCAGAGGCUGAACUAGAAAGGCAAAAACAGGAACUCCAUUAUACUGAGGAAGAGUUGUAUCGAACUAAAAAUACUUUGCAGAGCAGAAUAAAAGACAGAGAGGAAGAAAUUCAGAAGCUCAGAAAUCAGCUCACAAACAAGGCUCUGAGUAGUAGUAGUCAGACCGAGUUAGAAAAUCGGCUUCAUCAGCUGACAGAAACACUUAUUCAAAAGCAGACCAUGCUAGAGAGCCUUAGCACGGAGAAAAACUCCCUUGUCUAUCAACUGGAACGGCUUGAGCAGCAGCUUAAGGCUAUCCAAGGCACUAGUGCUAAUGGACCUUCUAUUAACAUGGCAGGAAUUGAUGGUCCUGAAGGUGCUCGUAUGCGGAACGUUCCUGUCCUUUUUAGUGAUGUGGACACUAACAUGGCAGGAGUGUAUGGGAGAGUUCGCAAAGCUGCUAGUAGUAUAGAUCAGUUUAGCAUUCGUCUGGGAAUCUUCCUAAGGCGAUAUCCCAUAGCAAGAGUCUUUGUAAUCAUUUAUAUGGCAUUGCUUCAUCUCUGGGUCAUGAUUGUUCUACUUACCUACUCACCAGAAAUGCAUCAUGAUGGUCCCAGUGGCAGAUAGACUGAGACAAGACCAUAUGCUGUGUUCAUGAAAGUACGCUGGCUGGCAGAGUACUUAAAAUGAUCAGUCCUGAAAUAUCAGCAAACCUUUCAUCUUGUUUAGGAAGAAUGAAAACCAUCAUGCCUGAUUUAUCACUACUUUUUAAUAUAAGUAUAAUACUAUGUAGCUUUUUCGAUUUGCCUAACACUGUAUCAUUUUCCUGGAGAAAUAUGGUUGUUAAGCUAAAUUUAGCCUUUACAUUUUGCAUAAACCUUCUGAUGGUUAGUGUAAAAAUAAAAAAAUUAAAAUAAAAAAAUUAAAAAAAAGAGUUGUACCUACAGAGAAAUGCAAUGAUUUCCAAAGUUACAGGUAUAUAUAUGGUACAAACUAUUUUAGGUCAUACUGGACGUGGGCUAAAGUCAGGUAACAAACUGUACUUAGGAACUUAAAUAAACUUUUUCUGGUUUCUUUCAGUCUGCUUUUGCACUUCUGUUUUUAACUUUGUAAAUAGGCUUUUCUUUAACAUGUUAAACUGAAAAAAUGACAAUGGAUUGGUGCAAUAUCUUUUUGUAAAUAAGUUUAAAAAUAAAAUAUUAUGUAUUCUUCUGAGCUUUGUACUUUCAGUGCAACAGAUGAAUCUUCCCUAUCAGCUAAACAGUGGGAUUGCCUAUUUAAUGAUUGAUAUUUUAGCUUUAUCAGAGAGUGAGAGAAGGUUUCAAGGAAGGAGGUUUGAGCUCUUUAGAAAUAAUGGUAUUUUCUUUUGCACUUGAAAUGUACUUAUUUUAACUGCAUUUUGUUAUAUGCCUCCCUCAUUACUAGAUGUCUUAACCAGAUCUUAUAUUUGUUGAAAUAUUUAUUUUCUAAAACUUUAGGUACUUAAUGCUAUUUCUGUACAAAAUCUAUAACAACUGCAAAAAUCUCUCAUGGCUAGAUAUUUACCAAAUAUACUAGUAAACAAACCUCAUCAAAUAUUUAUCUCCGUGACCCAUGAGACCAAAUCAAACCUACUGUAAUAGUUCUGUCAUUACAGUGGCAUUCUGUAAUUAUGAAUUCUUGAUACAUUAGUACAGUAAUACAAGGUCACUUAUUCUUUCCUCAAGAAAUCUGUUUCCUUGUGUGGUGCUCAAAGCUGAGUCAUGAGAAGAUAACAAAGUAAUUUGUCACUCCUGCUCUAAUGGUUAUGGUUCAGUUUUCAUGCGACUUGAACACUCUUAAGCAUUAGUCCUAUGCAUGAGGUCUGUCAUGCUAACACCUAUGGAAAUGUUACAGUAGACACAUGACUGUAUUGCUGCUCUGAUUCACAUCUUGCAGUGAAACCUGAAAUGUUUUGAUGAAUUAAAUAAAAGAGCA